AUGCCGUUCCCAUUCGUCUUGCCUACUACCUCAAGCAUUUCCUUCACCGAUUACUUUAGCAGUAGCACCCACCCUUCGCUCCCGAACUGCGCGACAACCGCUCGGGGCGUUGUCCGAGACGUGCUGAAGCGGCACAAGCGCAUCCCGCCAGCCUCGCAAGCUUCCCAUCUCUCCACCGUACUUUCCGCGCUACAAGACUACAUACCAUACCUCUUUGCCCUAGAUGCUGGGCUGAGCGGCACAAGCUGCGCUGGCGAAGAGAUCGACCUGGUGCUCGUCAAAGAAAUCGAGGUCGAAUGGCGCUCAACGCUUGGAGCUACCAUCCCAGGGCGUGAGCCCCCACGCAUCAAGCUAAAGAGCCUGGAGAGCGAGCUCUUCUUCACAUUGUCUACGCUGGCCUACGUCUACAGUCUCCAGGCUCGAUCACAGCUUCACACCCUCUACAAUGCGACCCUGCCGACCCCCGAACAGCGCGCAGCAGCCAUCAGUGCGGCAAUGAAGCACUUCCUCGAUGCGAACGCGGUCCACACAUACUUGGUGCAUCGGGCUCAGCAAUGGCAUACGCAGCCCGUAGCAGUGGACAUAACGAGUUCUGUCCUCGGGGCGCUGGCUGAGCUCACCAUGGCAGAGGCAACCCUUAUCACGGUCCUGAAAGACGACCCAUAUCCAGCGGCUGUCGUCGAAGGAAGGAAUAAGAACAGCAAAGAUUGGAUGUUCAGGGGCGUGGAGAUACCCAAGGUGCGCGCGCAUCUUUUCGCUCGCCUGUGCCUAGCCGCCGCCGAGCAUGCGUCGAAAGCCCAAGCCAUGCUGGGGCGAGCGAAAGUCGAUGAGGGCUUAGCAAAGUAUGUGGAUGACUUCCGGCGAACGGCUCGAGGAAAGGCGUGUCGCUUCCUAGGGGUGGAUGCCGAGCUGGCUGGCAAGACUGGAGACGGGAUUGCAUGGCUUAGGGGCGCGAGGAAAGAGCUGGGUUUUACAGCUGUGGGGGCUGAGGAAGACAAGAAGGCGUCGGGCUUCUCGAAGCUGAAGAAGGAGUUCCAGGAGAAGCGGGAGGAUCGCAAGAUCGAGAAGGGAGAAGGGUGGGGAACGGAUGCUGGGAAGUUUGAGGAGGGGAGGGUGGUGGACAUGCUCCUAAAGAAGUGGGAGAAGAUGAAUGAUACGAUGGAGGUGCAGUUAGUACCGCCAUCAGAGCAGCUCCUGGCAAGCAUGCCGUCGGGCAGGGAGUAUCAUACUGCUAAGAUGUUUGUCGUGCCGGCACUCGAAGAGGACGCAAUUAUCCGCAUGAGGGCACCCCCAGAUCCUGGCGACGCUUUCGAGGGAGAAGAGGACGAUAGCGCCGACGAGGAUCAGAGGCACUCUCCCGUUGGCGCUUUUCCAGGCACCAAAGCGGAAUACUCUGCAAGCUCGAACUACUUUUGA